UUCACAUCUCCAGUUAAAGAUGUCUUCCAGCAAGUGUGUUAUUGUGCUCGUCCUGGUCAGUUGCCUGGCCGCACUCGUUGCUGCCAGAGUCAGUGUUAUUCCGGAGUCAGAAGCAGGUGAUUCACCAAUAAGCCAUCUGCGCCAGAGGCGUUCGCCGCAACAUGGCUCUGUGGUGUUGGAGGCCCGCAAGGAUCGGUUUGGAAGCCAGGCGGACUUGCGGUACAAUCACAAUCUGUAUACCAGUAGCGAUGGACGUGGCAGCAUUGACGCCUACGCCAAUGCCAAUCGAGAUUUCCACCAUAAUCGCAACAAUUUUGGCGGUGGCAUUGAGGGAAAAUGGCGUUUCUAAAUAAAAUAUCAAUUUCUGUAUUAUUUGCUCAAUAAAUAUUGUGAAAAUUGACGACAUAAAAAGUAAGCAAAUGUUUCAAUUUUGAGA